UCGUCAUAUUUGGACUUCCGUAUAUUUUGUUACAGCUGUCGGCUCCACUGUCGUCGUCACUAUGAUGGUUUGGUGGUGGUGGCUGGUAUCCAACUCACCGUUAUAGUAAAGUCGGUCGGUAGGCCUGCUGGUCACCACAUUUAUUUCAAUUAUUAGUUUUUUUGGUACUUCACGGGCAGCAGCAGCGUGGCUUAUGUGGAUUUAUUUAUUCGUUUAGACAAUUUAUUUACCGGUCGGUGUCACUACUGUGAAACGUAACUGAAAAUUAGUAGUACCAAUUAGCCAAAAUACCCCCCCCCCAAAUAUCUGUCAUACUUUUAUUAUUGCAUUCUUAUAUAUUCAUUUACCGUCUCUUCUACAUCUGGAAUCCUAAAAAAUCAUUUAUGCUCACAUGUAUAUGGUUUGUGCCAUACUGGAACAUAAUUAUUAGCAACAUGGUGGUGACUAAGAGAGGAAGGAGUCAGCCAACUUGAUAUUGAUCCUACUCCUUUUUUUCCCCUUUUUUUUUUUUUGCUUUUGUUAUUACUAUCCCCUACAAAACGUCUUCAAGAUUGCUUCCUGUAAGAAUUCCUCCUAAAAGUAAUAGCUACAGUGCCAUAAACUGACAUAAUUCCAAUGUAGUUUAGACACACACACACACAUACAUACACUAUAUAUUGUAUAAAUAUUUACACAUCUACACACUUACACACAUACAUAUAACACACACACACACAAAAUGUACAUGCCUAUAUAUCUCUCUAGAAGUACGUAGAUAAACAUAUAUAUAUAUAUAGACUAUAGCGGAUGUGUUUCAGAGUUUUCAUAAAUGAUUUGAAGUAUUUCACUUAGACAAAUAGAAAUCUAUUUUACUUGGCAUAUUAUAAUCUAUCCUUUGUUUUCCUUUUUGGCAAUAAAUGUAUAGACAACAAAUAAUAUAUAUAUAUAUAUAAAUAUUCACGCACUGUAUUCAAUAUCUUGUGUGGAUGAAGUGCGCUGAUAUACUACACAUCAGCGACAAUUAAAAAACACCGAUAUUUAAAUUUAAAUCCAACAUAUAUAUAUGUGUGUAUAUGCUUUUGAUAUUUGAAUAUAAAACACACAUAGAUACAUACGUAUAUACACGUAUAUACACAAGCGAUAUUUGAUGUUGGGAAUGAAAUACACGUAUCUGCACUGACUCUUUUGUAUCUAUGAUAGAAACACAUUUUCAUGGAUAUUUUUAUAAAUAACCUCUGCUAUUUAGUCCGUUGGGUAUUUCCACCUCAUGGGGUAAUUCUUGUGUAAGCGGUAGUUGUAGAAAUAACAAUAUAAUUAUAAUACCACUAACCAGCAACGUCAGUGUGUAAAUAUAAAGAAUUGAAAAAAUACAAAUAAGGGGUAUUUAUUUACUUGUUGACUUAUUUGUCUUCACUCACACGACUUUUCCCAUUGUUGAAUUAUUGGGGAAAGGAUAUUUACUCAACAUUUUAAAAUAGAAUCGGUUCACAGGGGUGGUUUUAGUUAGUGUGUAAAGCAAAGGAAAGUAAACUAAUAAUUUUUGUUUGUUUUUCUUAGAAUCGUUCAGCAUUGAGAAAUUCUCACACACACCCUUUCUUGUAAAACAGUAAACAUAAUAAGAUAUACUUACAUUAACCAGAAAAUACUAUAAAUUAAAAACAGUUGAAAAAAUGAAAAAAAAGGAGGAAUAAAGAAAAAAGGAUAGCAAUUUAAUUAGAAAUAUAUUAAAAAAAAAAAACAUUGCCUACUAAGCACCUGUUAAGCCCUUCCUUAAGAGUUUGGUCCUUGUUUCAGUCCCGACUGUAGUCUGGACUAGCUUUUGACAUGGGCUUUCUCUUUUCAAAACUGUGGAGUUUAUUCACCAACGAAGAGCACAAGGUGAUAAUUGUUGGAUUAGACAAUGCUGGUAAAACAACUAUUUUAUACCAAUUUCUGAUGAAUGAAGUGGUUCACACAUCUCCAACAAUUGGGAGCAAUGUGGAAGAAGUGAUAUGGAAAAAUAUCCGUUUUCUAAUGUGGGAUAUUGGUGGUCAAGAAUCUUUACGUUCUGCUUGGAACACUUAUUACACAAAUGCUGAGUUUGUGAUUCUUGUUGUGGACAGCUGUGAUCGAGAACGGUUAUCAAUUACCAAACAAGAACUUUAUACAAUGCUAGCUCAUGAGGAUUUGCGUAAAUCUGCCAUGUUGAUUCUGGCUAACAAACAAGACAUCAAGGGCUCCAUGUCUGCUGCUGAGAUCUCCCAACAACUCAAUUUGACCUCAAUAAAGGACCACGUAUGGCACAUUCAGGCCUGCUGUGCUCUUACAGGCGAAGGGUUGUACCAAGCUCUUGACUGGCUCGGAAACCAACUUUGGCGGAGAUGAUAGUUGUGUGUGUAGGAUGUCAUUUCCCAUUGUUCUCAUUAUAAUAAACAUCAUCAUUAUCAUCAUUGCCAUCACCACUACUACCGCCAUCACCACUACUACUAUCAUCAACAUCAUUGUCAUCAUCAUCUCCAUCAGUAUAGGCAUCACAGCCACAGCAGCAUUAUUAGCUGCCGUUUAUGGCUGCUAUCUGUCGCAGCCUGCUGAACAAGAAGAACUUGCUAAUUGUGUAUAAACUAAAUCCAUCAUGGAAUCCAUUCGUUGUCGUCCUGUUUUAUGGCUAUCAAUUCCAGGGGCAAACAACAACAACAACAACAACAACUGGAGGAAAAAAGAAGAAACUGGCAUUUGGGGAAGCAGCAAAAUGUUUUCAUCCCCUCUUGUAAUACCUAUUGUAAAUUUGCUUUUCUACUUGUAGAAUAUUUUUCCCUUUUUUUUUUUUUUUUUGUUGCAAAAAAAGUAACAAGCCAAAACAUUGUUCUCUCUCUAUCUCUCUGUUUCUUUUAGUCUGUUUAUCAAUUUAAAUGUCUAAGACCUAUGAUGAUAAAAAUAUAGAAAUAAGAAAUAAAAGAAAAAAAUUUUUUUUUAAAUCAACAAGUACAACAGAUUCACUUGUAUGUGGAAACAGACCCACUUGUAUACACGCUCAAUCAAGAGCGUCAGUAGGUGCUACAUAGGACUGAGAAGAAAGUAUUUACUUCUGCGCUUCUUAUAUUCUUACAUGUAUUUCAGUCAGUCAAACUCAUUAUGUAUAUAUAUAUAUAUAUAUAUAUAUAUAUAUAUAUACGGGGAAUUGCACCGUAGCAUCGGGUCAAACCAACCCUUAUAAGUGAAAAGGGGUGGGUGUAAAACUAUGUAGGAGCUUGUCAAAUGGAACCAACUUUGUCAUACAUACGGUGUCACACUGAUUCUGCCUGAGAUUUAUGCUAAUGCUACAAGCACCCGUGAAAUACUCAGCCACUGGUAAUUAGGCUUCAAUGAAUAGGCAGUUCAGUUCAUUGAGCAACUUCAGUACUCAAUGGCAAAACUGACAGAUUCUCUUUUUUAACCCUAGAUGAAAUGACUGAAGUAAAGAAAAAGA